UGAAACUUUUUAGUGGUCGGGACGUCGCCCCUCCCGGCCAGGUGGGACCCGACUGCUCCCCCGGCCGCGCCACCGCCGCAGGGAAGUCUGGAAAGGCUGGCGUCCCAGGACCCAGCGGUCAGGAAAGCCCUGUGGGAAAUGAGUGGUGGGCCUGAGGCCUGGACUCCUGCAGCGUGGCAGGUGGCUGGGGCUGCCUGGGCCAUCACCAGAGCCAGCUCCCACUGAGGACCUCUCCAGCAGGCCCAUCCCCUGGCAGGUGGGGGGACAGGCACGAUGACCCACUCCCCAUUCCUGGAGCUGCGGCAGUCCAAGGCGGUGUCCAUCCGUGAGCAGCUGGGCCUCGGGGACCGGCCCAAUGACUCCUACUGCUACAACUCGGCCCAAAACAGCACCGUGCUUCAGGGGGUCACCUUUGGUGGUAUCCCCACUGUCCUGCUCAUAGACGUCAGCUGCUUCCUGGUUUUAAUCUUGGUGUUUUCCAUCAUAAGAAGAAGAUUCUGGGAUUAUGGCCGCAUUGCCUUGGUAUCAGAAGUAGACAGUGAGUCCAGAUUCCAGAGACUGUCAUCGACUUCCUCCUCAGGGCAACAAGACUUUGAAAACGAGCUGGGAUGCUGCCCCUGGCUGACUGCGAUCUUCCGUCUGCACGAUGACCAGAUCCUGGAGUGGUGUGGGGAGGACGCUAUCCACUACCUGUCCUUCCAGAGGCACAUCAUCUUCCUGCUGGUGGUGGUCAGCUUCUUGUCUCUGUGCAUCAUCCUGCCCGUCAACCUCUCGGGAGACUUGCUGGACAAAGACCCUUACAGUUUUGGGAGGACGACGAUAGCAAACCUGCAGACCGACAAUGGCCUCCUCUGGCUGCACACCAUCUUUGCUGUGAUCUAUCUCCUCCUCACCGUGGGCUUCAUGCGGCACCACACCCAGUCCAUCAAGUACAGAGAGGAGAGUCUGGAGAGACGGACCCUGUUCAUUACAGGACUCCCCAGAGGUGUCAAGAAUGAGACCUUGGAGAGCCAUUUCCGGGAUGCGUAUCCCACGUGCAAGGUGGCGGAUGUCCGGCUGUGCUGCGACGUGGCCAAGCUGAUCUACCUGUGCGAGGAGAGAAAGAAGACUGAGCGGAGCCUGACCUAUUACACAAACCUGCAGGUGAAGACGGGCCAGCCGACCCUCAUCAACCCCAAGCCCUGCGGCCAGUUCUGCUGCUGCGAAGUGCAGGGCUGUGAGCGGGAAAACGCCAUUUCUUACUACACGCGCAUGAAGGACAGGCUGCUGGAGAGGAUCACAGAGGAGGGACGCCGGGUCCAGUACCAGCCCUUGGGAAUGGCCUUUGUCACCUUCCAGGAGAAGUCCAUGGCCACCUACAUCCUGAAAGACUUCAACGCCUGCAAGUGUCAGGGCCUUCGGUGCAAAGGUGAGCCCCAGCCCUCCUCCCACAGCAAAGAGCUCUGCACCUCCAAGUGGACGGUCACCUUCGCCACCUACCCUGAGGACAUCUGCUGGAAGAACCUGUCUAUCCAGGGCCUCCGCUGGUGGCUCCAGUGGCUGGGCAUCAACUUCAGUCUCUUCGUGGUGCUGUUUUUCCUGACCACACCCUCCAUCAUCCUGUCCACCAUGGACAAGUUCAAUGUCACCAAACCCAUCCAUGCGCUGAACGACCCGAUCGUCAGCCAAUUCUUCCCCACCCUGCUGCUCUGGUCCUUCUCGGCCCUGCUGCCAUCCAUCGUCUACUACUCCACGCUGCUGGAGUCUCACUGGACCAAGUCAGGAGAAAACCGGAGCAUGGUGACCAAGGUCUACACAUUCUUGAUCUUCAUGGUGCUGAUCCUGCCCUCUCUUGGCCUCACCAGUCUGGACUUUUUCUUCCGGUGGCUCUUUGACAAAACUUUCUCGGAGGCCUCUAUCAGGUUGGAGUGUGUCUUCCUGCCCGACCAGGGCGCGUUCUUCGUGAACUACGUCAUCGCCUCGGCCUUCAUCGGCAAUGGCAUGGAGCUGCUGCGCCUGCCAGGCCUCAUCCUCUACACCUUCCGCAUGAUCAUGGCCAAGACGGCUGCCGACCGCAGGAACGUCAAGCAGAACCAGGCCUUCGAAUACGAGUUUGGAGCCAUGUACGCGUGGAUGCUGUGCGUCUUCACUGUCAUCAUGGCUUACAGCAUCACCUGCCCCAUCAUCGCGCCAUUCGGCCUCAUCUACAUCCUGCUCAAGCACAUGGUGGACCGGCACAACCUCUACUUCGCCUACCUCCCGGCCAAGCUGGAGAAGAGGAUCCACUUCGCCGCCGUGAACCAGGCCUUGGCUGCUCCUAUCCUCUGCCUCUUCUGGCUCUACUUCUUCUCUUUCCUGCGCCUGGGUCUGAAGGCCCCCCCCACCCUGUUCACCUUCCUGGUCGUGCUGCUUACCAUCCUGGUCUGCCUUGCCUACACGUGCUUUGGAUGCUUCAAGCACCUCAGCCCCCUGAACUACAAGACAGAAGAAUCGGCAAGUGACAAAGGAAGCGAGGCAGAGGCCCACGCGCCUCCAUCGUUCACACCCUACGUGCCCCGGAUUCUGAACAGCUUGGCCUCAGAGAGGACAGCCCUGUCCCCGGAGCAGCAGCAGACCUACGGGUCCAUCCACAACAUCAGUGGGACUCUCCCUUGGCAGCACUUGGCCCAGAGCCCUUCAGACAGCGUGGCUGCUGCCUACCAGGAGGCCUGAAGGUGGACGACACAGGUGGAGAAGUGGCUGGACUCCGACCCCAACCAAGUUCAUGACCUCCUUCCAUUUGUUUUAAGCCCCAUUGCUCUGAAAAGAUGGAGCCAGAAAAGCCUGGAGCUGAGGCCCUUGGCUGAGAGGGAAGGGCUGGGCCUUCCAGCUGAGAGUCAUUGGGCGGUGGUCUUCCUUUCCGGUCACAGCAGCAGAGAGGGGGACACAUGCAGCCCCCUACCCUCUCUUGCUUACCUGGGGCUCUGUACAUUUCCAGGUCCCCCCUCCUGCAACAAGCUUCCAGCUCUGCAGCUGGAUGAUGUCCCCUGUGAUUUGUAGCCAAGUUCAUAUGUUGGAAUUUUGCCCCCCAGACUGGCCCUGGAGACCAUAUGGGGUAAUAGGCAGGAAUGGAACAGGGGAAGUCCUCUCUCUGCGUUCCCGGACACCAUCGCCUGACCAAAGAGCCUGCGGCCGGCCCGGCUCUGAGAUGGGGUCUAGGUGGGGGUCCAGCGCCUUCACCCAGCCUGCCCCCAGCAGGCAGCCCCUCCAAGCUGCCCCGGGAGUGGCUGCGGGAGCCGGAGGCCAAGUGGCCGGUGUCGCUGCAGCAGCUCCCGCCAGCUGUGCAUGCGCCCCCGCAUCCCGCCUUGCGUCUGUGUUCUGCAUCGCGUUGCCAGGGACGCCGCGGCUGGGUCAGGGUCACCCCGCAGCGGUGGGAGGGGGAACGAGGGCCACUAAUAAAGUGCCUGUUGGACCAGAUUGGUGAGA